AUCUUCGAGAAAAUGGCGGCGGCGGCGGCACGAGAACAUUGUAGCAGAAGUUCGCUGGACUAAAGGGAUACGCCCACGAUGACAGGGGCUGGCGCACCGUGAGGUGGAUUCUGUGCGACCAAGAGGAUCUUGAAGAGCAACAAUGUCGGAGCGUAAAGUUUUAAAUAAAUAUUAUCCACCUGAUUUUGAUCCAUCUAAAAUCCCUAAAUUAAAACUUCCCAAAGACCGACAGUAUGUGGUGCGGCUUAUGGCUCCAUUCAAUAUGAGGUGCAAAACAUGUGGAGAGUAUAUAUAUAAAGGGAAAAAAUUCAAUGCCCGGAAGGAAACUGUGCAAAAUGAGCAAUACUUAGGCCUCCCUAUCUUUCGCUUUUAUAUAAAAUGUACACGAUGCUUAGCUGAAAUCACAUUUAAGACAGAUCCAGAAAAUACAGACUAUGCCAUGGAACAUGGUGCUACACGGAAUUUUCAAGCAGAAAAGCUCAUUGAGGAGGAAGAGAAGCGGUUUCAGAAAGAACGUGAAGAAGAGGAGCUAAAUAAUCCCAUGAAGGUCCUUGAAAAUAGGACAAAGGACUCCAAAAUGGAAAUGGAUAUCUUGGAGAAUUUACAAGAAUUGAAAGAGCUAAACCAACGUCAGGCCAGUGUGGACUUUGAGUCUAUGUUAGGUGUCUACAGAGAGACAGAAGAAGAAAUGAAGAAGAGGGAGGAGGAGGAAGAUGAAAAGCAGAUCAGGGAAAUGAUGUCUGAGGCUCAAAAGAGGUGGCUUGUUGAAGACUCUGACUCUGAAGAUGAAAUUACCUCUGAUGAACCUAAGGGAACCAUGACCAUGGGCACAAAACCAACUGAUAUCCUCACUAAGAUCUCUUAUCCCAACAAGAAGCACUGUGGUGAAAAAUCAGAUAAUAAUGGCAGUAAACCAAACAGCCGUAGUCUACUUUCCGGACUUAUAAGAAGAAAAGAAGGUCCUGAAACCAGCAAGAAUUCAGAGGCUAAUCUAAGCCAAUAUCCAGUUUUGACUGCACAGAAAACCACAAAAUCACAGUCUAACCAGGCUGCUGUAUCUCCUUGCACAGACAUGAAGAAUCACUGUGAAAAAGCAUCUCUUAGCUCAGGAAACACCUGUCACACCCAAAUUGCUACUUCUAAUACUGGAGCAUCUUCCUUAUCUUUGUUAGGUGCAUAUUCUGACAGUGAAGACAGCGAGUAGAGAAAAUCGGAGAACAAAGAAAAGUAAAUAGGGAAUAAUCUAGAGCCUAGAGUCACUGAGGACAUGUGUCGGAUUUAUAUACAUACUGCUUUCAUGUACGCUAGUCUGCAAAUUAAUUUCUAUGUAGUAAGGCGUGUUACUGUGUGCCUCUGCUCUAUCUCUCUUUGUAGGAGUGUUUACAUUUCUUCCCCUAUGUGUACAGUUUUAAUGAGUUGUGUUGUAAUUGGUCUGAUAUUAUUUUAAAUUGAGAUUUCUUUUGGUAUUUAUCUUCUACAUUAAACAAUAUUCCAUUUUAUAUUUUAAUAAAAAUGUGAGCAGUGUACAGCCAAUCUACUGUGUUUUC